AUGGCCGACAAGCUCACGGAGGCGCAAGUCGCAGACCUGCUGACCAUCCUCCGAAGCGACUCGUCUCUCGAUGCCAGAGUCCAGUUCGUGACCGCCAUCAAAUCCGCCAUCAAGCAACACAACGUGCCCGAGAGCUGCGUCGCCCAGUUGUUCGAUGGCCUGCGCACCGCGUCGUCUGCCCAGCACGCCGCGCUCGUCAACGCCGGUUUCACCGCGCUCAACCACCUCUUGACCCGCCUAUCUCGUCAGGAUCCCAAGCUCCUCGCUCGUGAGGCUGCUCGCACGCUGCCGCUGGUAAUCGAGAAGCUGGGCGACCAGAAGGACAAGUACCGGAGUCUGGCAAUCCAGUCUCUCAACACCCUCUAUGCCGCGUCGCCGGCUGACGUCGAGCGCUUUGUGCGCAACUCGGCCCUGGGCGGGAAGAAUCCAAGGGCCAAAGAGGGCGGCAUGCAUUGGCUUUUGCAGAUGCAUCAGGAACACGGUAUGCCAUUUCGAGGCUACGUUCCCAUGCUCAUGGAGCUUCUUGAAGAUGCCGACGGCAUGGUUCGAGACACUGCCAAGGCCACCGUCAUUGACCUGUUCAAGACAGCCCCCAACACGGCCAAGUCAGACCUGAAGCGACAACUGAAGAAUUUCAAAGUUCGCCCUGCCAUUGAGCAGGCCAUUGUGAAAGCGCUUGCUCCCGCAGGUGGACGCCCAGAAACGCCAGCCGAUUGCGCUCCAUCACUAUCGUCACAACCCAGCAGAUCAACCUUUGUUGCCAGUGCUUCGUCUCUCGCGACCGAGCGGCCAAUGACGCCCAUGCCAGACGCCGCCGACGCAGUCGACCCGCAGUAUGUCAACACCAACCGCGAGUUGGACGACAUCUUCAAAGAAAUGGCCUGGUUCUUCGACGGCAAGGAGACGGAACAGAACUGGCUGAAGCGGGAACAAUCUAUCAACACUUUACGGCGGCUCAACGCUGGCAACGCUGCCACCGAUUUCCAGGACGUUUUCGUGAGCGGCCUUCGUGCCAUGUUGGAUGGUAUUAUCAAGACCAUCAAUUCACUGCGAACGAGUUUGUCAAAGGAGGGAUGUGCUCUCAUCCAGGAGAUUGCCGUCUCGCUCGGCCCGGCCAUGGAUCCCAUGGUGGAGUUGCUGAUGCAGACACUGGUCAAGCUAUCUGCAGGAACGAAGAAGAUUAGCUCGCAGAUGGCCAACGUGACGGUCAACACCAUCAUAAGCCGCGUCACCUACAAUCAGCGUUUGAUGCAACAUAUCUGGGGCGCCAGCCAGGACAAGAACGUUCAACCCAGGACGUACGCAACAGGCUGGCUUAAGACGGUACUGAAAAAAGAGGCUGGCCAUAAGAGCCAUAUUGAGCACACGGGAGGUGUAGACUUGAUGGAAAAAUGCAUCCGCAAAGGCUUGGGAGAUGCUAACCCCGGCGUGCGGGAAAAGACGAGAUCUGCAUUCUGGGCCUUCUGGGGAGUCUUUCCCGCACGUGCGGAUGCCAUCAUGGCGGAUCUCGACUCCACGGCUCAGAAGCUACUGAACAAGGACCCAAGCAACCCAAACUCUCCCAAGAAGACAGACGCACCGGCUCGGCCUGGUCUUGGGUUCUCUAGGAGCACUACGACUUCGAGCAAGACCAGCCUUCGAGAGGCGAUGAUGGCGCAGAAGAAGGCUAUGGCUGUCAAGAAUUUGCCAGCAAGACCCGGCUCGGCCAUGGCUCAUAUCUCCUCGCCCGUCCGCACCAUGUCGAACACGUCAACGCACUCUACGACUGCCACCAAAUCAGCCGCUACGAGGACUCGCACCGAAUCGACCCUGUCCGUCAACGCCGGAGGCAUGUCGGUGGCUCCCAUGCGGCCAGCACGCCAUCGACCAGAAAUGGCGGCUCGGCCGGCGACUGCUGGCCCUUAUUCAACCCGUGACCGCUCUGGCCUGGACGCUGACAGCCCCGAGGGCAUCAAGUCCAAGCGCGUCAACCCCAAGGCGCCCAAGGCUGUGACGCCCAAGAAGACACUGCCCAAGGCUCGCCCCGGCCAUGCGUCUCACGCCAGCGACUCAAGCAUACCCUCGCCAACUUUUCCAUCCGCGCACAAGCGGGUUGCUUCCUCACGGGCCAGCCCUGUGCUGCUGAAGCCUUCGCAGACUUCGCCUGCCUCGUCCAGCAGAGCGGCUCCGGUGCACAACGAGAGUGAGCCGGCGCCGGCGCCGAACUUUGCCAGCCCGCAAGUCUCCGCGCCCGAGCAAGCCGCGGAGCCCCAGGAGCCGCCGGGAACAGCGACUCGGGAGAGCAAGCCGAGAUGCCAAGACCAAUCGCCGUCUCGUACACUCAAGGUUUAUGAAGACCCGUUUACGGACAGCGCUCCGUCUGCAACGAAGCCGGCUUUUACUGUUCCUGUUCUGGAGGACAAGCCAGUGAAUGAAGACGCAGCUAGGUUGCCCAAGCAAAACGGCGACUCGCCAAUGCCGGACGUUUCGGACUCGCCGGAGAAGACUCGACAAAAUUCCAAGCUGCUGGACAGUGGGAUUACGAAAAUCAAGAGCAAGAAUCUCGAAGUUCACGGCUUUCGGAAGCUGCAAUCUCUCAUUCGCGACAGCAAGACCGUCUUGACGGAUGAGAGGUUUGAGGCUCUCCUGUUGGGGCUUUUCCUGUAUCUAGAGGAUCCGCUGCCUGGAAAUCCCGCCGAGAAGGUGCAGGACGUCAAGGCCCAGAUCCUGUCCACCAUCAAGCUCUUGCUGAGGAGGGAGCGGGAUAACUUUCAACCUCACGUUUCCAAGGGCCUGGAGUCUCUGCUCGAGACGCGCGGCGCUUACGACACGCGAGCUCACGUGGUCAGUGGCCUGGAGCUUUUGGCCGACGAGCUCGUCACCAUUGGAGACGGCUCCGAAAUCGUGGCCGUCCUCACCCAGAGACUGGAAACGUGCACGGAUGCCACGACACAAGGAUGCCGCGCCCUGAGCAUGGGGCUCCACGUCCUCAAGGAGAUGCUCGACAAGCGGACCGAGUUUGUCCCCACGGACCGUGAACUGGCGCAGUUGACGGACUUGUCGAGUCGUUGCCUGGGGUCUGGCGACUCCGGAGUCCGCAUGGACGCCGUCAAGUUCUGCGUGUCGUUGCACGACCGCGUGGGCGACGCCGGCUUCUGGGGCGCGUUCAAAGAUGUCAAGGAGGACCCCAAGAGUCUCAUCACGUAUUAUAUUGUCAAGAAGCAGCGGGAGCAGGGUUCCGCCGCGUAG